CAGUCUGGGUAUCUGAAAUCAUGCUGCAGCAGACUCAAGUGGCUACAGUGAUAGAUUACUACAACAGAUGGAUGGAGAAAUGGCCGACACUACAAGAGCUAGCCAAAGCAACGCUGGAGGAUGUUAACACCAUGUGGUCGGGGCUAGGGUACUACUCGCGGGGAAGACGACUUCUGGAGGGUGUGAAAAAGGUGGUUGAGGAGCUGAAUGGGAAGAUGCCUGCGACAGCUGAAGAUCUGGUGAAGGCAUUACCAGGUGUUGGCAGGUAUACAGCAGGUGCCAUAGCAUCUAUAGCCUUCAAUCAGACAACCGGUUUGGUGGAUGGGAAUGUGGUACGGGUUCUGUGUCGUAUGAGGAUGGUGGGAGCCGACUGUACCAGUCAGCCAGUACAAGACAUGCUCUGGUCUCAUGCUAAUAAACUUGUGGAUCAGGAAAGACCUGGAGAUUUCAACCAAUCCUUGAUGGAACUAGGUGCUACAGUAUGUACACCCAAAACUCCUUCCUGUUCUGAGUGCCCCGUUAAGGUUGAGUACGAAAAGAAGGCGGCAGUGUCAAAGUGGACCAAAGCUAAGGUUACAGAUGAAGAUAACAAUAUACCAGAUAUAGAAUGUGCAGAGGAAAGCUGUAAAUUGUGUAUUCCAAGCACAGAAGAGUGGGAUCCAAGUGAUGGUGUUAUGAACUACCCACGUAAACCCAAAAAGAAACCUCCUCGUGAAGAAACCACAUCAGUCUGUCUGGUCUGUUGUCAUCAUCAGGAGAAAUCCAAGCGAAAAUUCCUUUUAUUGAAAAGAAAGGAACAAGGCUUGUUAGCGGGCCUGUGGGAAUUCCCAAGUCUGAAACAGGAAGGUGCAAAGAAAGAGGAGGCAGAGGUCUGGUUACAAACUAACUACUCACUUUGUCUGCCUGCUGAUACUCAGAUAGAACAUGUAGGCCAGGUUGUCCACCACUUUUCUCACAUCACACAGACGUAUGUGGUGGAUUGCCUGGUGCUCUCAGAAGACAUGGAGCUGGAUGUAGGGGGAGAUAACUGGGAAUGGAAGUGGAUGACAGGCCGAGAGUUCUUGACCUCUGCUAUAUCAACGGCCAUGAAAAAAGUUUUUAAUGCGUUUGAAAAAGGGGCUGACAAGAUUCCAGUUAAGGUAAUGAUUGAGUAAUGUUCAUAUUUUGGUUGUUUGGAUAUAUAUACCCACAUUCCUCUGUUGAUGAUAAUCCUCAAUUUCAAAGUUCUUAUUGGGAUAUUUCUCAAAUGGUUCAUAUAAUUAGCCCUGUCUCGAUGUGACUAUCA